GUCUCAGUCACUUUGACCUGAUCUGUCCGAAAUGAGUGCUAAGUGUUUGUUGGUUGCGAUGGUCCUUCUGGGAUUGUCUUGUGUUGUGAUAUCCCAAAAACCUCUCCUUUGCUAUUACGGCAGUUGGGCCCAUUAUCGGUCCGAUAGGGGCCAAUUUAAAGUGGAGGAUAUCGAUCCGUGGCUAUGUACUCAUGUGAUCUAUUCUUUCCUUGGAAUUAACGAGGAUGGAUCUAUUGCUAUACUGGACAGUGGGCUGGAUAUAGAUAUGGGAAAUUUGAAGAAGUUCACGGAACUGAAAAAUACGAAUUCUAACCUGAAAACCUUGGCCGCUAUCGGUGGCUACAGUGUUGGUUCGGAAACGUUUUCGAGGGUAGCAGCAAAUCCGGACCUGAGAUGGCGUUUUGCGGAGAAUGCGAGAGAUUUCUGUUUUCAGUACGGAUUUGACGGUAUAGAUAUGGACUGGGAAUACCCUGGACAACGUGGCGGUGAUCCGUACAACGAUAAGGCCAACUUUGUGCUCAUGCUUUCCAAUUUGCGGGAGGUACUUUCUGCCAAUGGAUUGAUGUUAACAGCGGCAGUUGGAGCUCCUCAGAAUAUUGCGGAAAUAUCUUACGACAUUCCGGGGAUUUCCGAGUACGUCGAUUUCAUUAAUCUAAUGACCUACGACUAUAAUGGGGCUUGGGAUGCUUACACUGGACACAACUCUCCGCUCUAUGAGGGUCCUUCGGAUUCAAACGAUUUUCAGCGAACUUUGAAUGUACAUCACAGUGUCACGUAUUGGCUCCAGCAGGGUGCACCGAACAACAAACUGAUUGUCGGUGUUCCAAUCUACGGUCGGACAUUUACGCUGCAGAGCUCGGAUAAUUACUGGCUUCGUGCGGGUUCCAGUGGACCAGGUUUAGCUGGAAAGUAUACGAAUGAAGCUGGAUCUUUGGCGUACUUCGAAAUUUGUCCUUUCUUCACCCGGAGGUGGGUUCGUCAUUGGGAGGAUAACCAGAAAAUUCCAUUCGCUGUAACCGGAGAUCAGUGGAUCGGAUAUGACGAUGUUGACAGCACGAAAAUUAAGUGCGAUUAUAUUAAUCAACACAAUUUGGCCGGAGCAAUGGUAUGGUCAAUUGAGCAGGAUGACUUCCAUAGUUAUUGUGGAUCGAAAAAUCCUAUUUUGAACACCCUUCGUGACUGCCUCUGACGAGUGGAAUGCAAACUCCUAGUUUUCCGAUGAUAUUCGAGCAAUCAAUGGGCUCUAACCUUGGAUAAGAAUCAAUAAGAAUUAAUCGUAGAUUUUAUCGAACGUACAAAUAAAAUAAAGCGCUGCAAUUUUCGGUCAUUGA